UGUGUACAAAAAUUAUGUUUUAAAUAUAAACUGAACGUCAGAGAAAAAACAAGCAAUUAAAGAGCAAAGCACGUCAGGCACGUUAGCAUUUGCUUUGAAUUAUGGAAAACAGCACAGGCAGCGGCAGCAGCAACGCCAGUAGCAGCAGCAGCAGCAGCUGUAGCAGCAGCAAUGGCUGUGCCGCUACUGCGCCUUCAAUGCAACAACACAAUGAGCAGCCGCAAACCAAGCGUCAAAAGAUUGAGCAGCAAAUACGUUUGGUGGGCGACAAGUCGCCACCGGAUAUACACGAGACGGCGCCCGAUGUUAUGGAUGCCAAUGGCAACAAUAAACAGCACCAUUUAUGCUCUUCACUUUCCUCCUCCUGCUCCACACAUUCGCUGUGCAGCAACAGCAACAACAAUUCACCCACAAAUACGCCUGGCAGUUCGCGUGCCGCCAGCUAUGCACAGCUACUGGGCGGCGUACAAAGCUUAGUCAACAACAGCUUGCCACAAAGCCAAACCAACGAAGCAGCCAGCAGCGAUGAAGUCGAUCGCGCGACACAGCUGUCCGAGUUGCUUAUAGCCGCACAGCAGGCUCAAAAGGAAAGCACCAAGGUUCAGAGUUCAUCAGCCAGCGAUGACAUGCUGGAGUUUGAGCAAUCCCUUACACGCCAGUGUCUAUGUGGCGUGUCGGAGCGCACGUUACGCAAACCCUUUCAAUCCCACUACUCGCAUGACUCGCAGGGACAGAAACGCAUUGCCAAGCUGCGUGAAUGGCCCACCAACAAACUGCUGCAGUUUCUUUCCAAUCUACAACUGCUCUUUGACAUCUAUUUGAAACAGAACGCCAAGGGCUAUAUCUGCACGCGUAUAAUGGAUGUCUGCGAUGCGUUAAUACGCAACGAUCACAAGCUGAUCGAUGAGAUUAUUGUGCUGGCUGGCUAUAAUAAUGCCUAUGUGCAGUUCUUAGCUGGGCGUGUGCUGGCUGCAUUUUUGGUCAUAGCCAAGCAGCAGCUCAACGAUGAAUGGCUGCAAAAGAUUGUGGAUCAGCUGUUCAACUAUGAGCGCCUGGACAAGGCGGCGGUGCAGAAAAUACACUUUAGCUUAGAUAUAAUCAAACGCAUUGUGGAGUGGAAGGAUGUGGAACUGCAUCCGCUGGAUGAUGAUGCCUAUGCAGCGGCCACUGUAGCAGCCGCGGACAGUGCGCCCGCUGCUGAAGCUUCCUUGAGCUAUAUGCACUUGCCUGUGCAGCAACAGUCGCUGGCUACCAACUACUUUGCGUUGCAAUUUCGGGAAGCUACUGACAACGUCGAAGUGGUUGCUGACAGCGAACAGAAGUUCUCCAACAACAGCAGCAGCAGCAUACCCGCUAGCUAUAUGCCCGCCAGUGGUUGCCAUGUCGUAGCGCUCAGUGACUCUGAGAGCUUUGAUACCACGCACUUGAAGUGCAUUACUAUACAAAAGUUGGAGCACAAAUGGCCAACGCUGGUGCAGCAUAUGUCGGAGCUAAUGGCGCCAGCGCAUCAGCAGAGCGCAGAGCACUGUGUGCUAAACUUUCUGCAGCUCUGGGAGAAUAUUAUAUCGGUGAAGGCAAAUCUUUCCAUAGACGAAACGCGCCCCUUCUAUGCGCAACUGGACAAAUUUGAGCUGCUGCUCAAUCACAAUUUAUCCUGCACGAUUUAUAAGCAAAUGUUGUGUUUGUUUAACGAGGCAUUGUGCUAUGGCUCCACGCUGGCGCUGCAGGACAUGCUGCCCGAGGAGACCUGCAAGCUGGCGCAUCAGAUUGUCUGUCAUGUGCGUAACUUACGCAUAUUGGAGUCGCUGCCGCGUCGCCAACCAGAGAAUAUAGUGGGACUUAUAGGCUAUCAUGGUGCGCCGCUGAACUAUGCGGCAGGCGAGCUCUCCAUGCCGCAGGCAGCUGCGUCUAGCAGCGCUAGCUUGGAGCUUGUGGAAAUGGACAAGACUUUGCUGCAGAAAAUGGUGCUGCUGGUGCUCAAAUCGAUAGCGGUGACAGUUAAGGAGAUACGCAGCGACUCUUCGGACUCAUCCAUAGAUUCCAGCGACUAUGACGCAUUUCAGGACAUACUGCUGAUAGAGCGUUCCAUACGCGACGUGCUGAGCAAAUUGGAAACGUUUAUAAAGCAAACGCUAGAGUUUCAUCCGGAAUGCCAUUUUAGCAAAAUUCUCAUACACUUGUUUGACGAUCAGGAUGAUCAUUUGAUAGAGGCCAUGGUCUGCACUUUGGAUGUCACCUCGGGCAUUUCGUUUCGCAACAAUGCCUUUCCGGAGCUGCUGGCCAUGCUGAAUCCCGUCUAUACAUUCCUGGAGUUUUUGAAAAUGACUUCGAAUAGCUCGGAUCUAUUGCUCGAUCUGCUGGUGAGCAACGAAACCUGCUUUUUGCUUUAUCUGCUGCGUCUGCUCAAAUAUAUACGCAUGAACUGGACGAUGUUUGUGCACAGCUGUCAUAGCUUUGGCCUGGGCAAUGCCAUGCUGGAUGAAGCCAUGGGCGUGCUCAUACGGCUGCGUCUGCAAAUAUCAAGAUUAGUUUCACGCCAGCUCUAUCCGUACGAUAUAUCGCCAGUGCUGCGAUUGCUCGAGAGCUGCGAGAGUCUCUAUGAGGGCAAUGAGCUUAGUUAAAGUAGAAUCAACCAUAUGCAACCACAUGCCUUAUGCAAUUAAAAUACGUAAUUUAUUAUUAUUUGUUUUAAAAUUGAAUUAGGGUUUUUUAUACAUAUACAUACUAUAUAUUGUAGCUAAAGAAAAAAAACACUAGCACAAAAUUGAAUACAGAAAAGAAAGCUUGUAGAUUUUGUCGCAUAUUUAGCAUUUACUUAUGGACUUCUGUUUAACUCUUAUCUCAAUCUAUAAUUUAAGUUAAAACCUUGUGCUACAAAGCUAAUUGAAAACAAUCAAAUAACAAUCCAUUAAAUUAGCCUAAGAUUGUUUUAAAUCUUGCCUUAAGUAGUAGUAUUAGCAUUUGUUUAAGUACGUUUCUGGUAAAUACGGCUCAUCUGUGCAAUUAAUUAAAUGCGUGUGUAUAUUUUAACUUAUUUGAUUGCAUGGGCGUAGUAGUAGUGACUAUUUUUUAUAU